CAGCAAUUCUCAUCAUGGAGGCGACCUACGUCAGGCAUGUGGAGCUGUUUGGCUUUGAGAAACGUUCAUUCCCGAGUCAGUACUACGUGUACAUGCUGAUGGUGAAAUGGAGCGACCUCUCUGAGAAGCUGAUCUACAGAACCUAUCCUGAGAUAUACACCUUCCACAAGUCCCUGAAAGAGAUGUUCCCCAUCGAGUCUGGUGAAAUAGAAAAGAAGGACAGAAUCAUUCCGUCAUUACCAGCUCCACGCUGGCUGAUCAGUGAGAAGUCACCGGAGACCAGGCAGAGCACGCUGUCGGAGUACUGCCACUCGCUCAUCAACCUGCCGCCCCACAUUUCCCGCUGCAAACAGCUCACCGACUUCUUCAAGGUCCGACCCGAGGAUGAGAACCCGCCUGCCCUGAACACAGUGAAAAGAAACGAAACCGUUGUGGUGUCCAGGGAGUCGGCCAGAGACAACGUUUCUGAGAUUUCUGGCCCCAUCAUAUUGGAGACCUACAGAGUGAUCGCUGACUUUGAGAAGACGUCUAAACACGAGAUUAAUCUGCACACUGGAGACCUGGUGGAAAUUGUGGAGAAAAAUCCAAACGGGUGGUGGUUCUGCCAGUGUGAGUCUAGUCGAGGCUGGAUCCCUGCGUCCUACCUGGAGCCACUGGAUGGACCGGAUGAAGCCGAGGAGGCUGAUCCAGACUACGAAGGAGAGCUGCACGUCACCAUCAGAUCCUACAAGGCCGAGGCGGAGGACGAGAUCUCUCUGGAGAGCGGGGAAACCGUAGCCGUCAUUCACAAACUGCUGGAUGGCUGGUGGGUCGUCAGGAAAGGAGAGGAGACUGGUCAUUUCCCUUCCAUUUUCCUGCACAAAGCCGGAAAGAGAGAGAUAUAUGAAGCAGCGCAAACAAACCUGCAGGGAAAGAAACCGCCCCCUCUCAGAUCCACAAUCAGAAAUGCCAAGAGCAUCCACGACAAGUCCCGUCAGCGGCUCAGCCAGGACACUUACCGCAGGAACAGCCGCCGCUACCUCCAGCAGAAAGGUGGCCGCAAGAAUUCCAAGACCGCUGCCAAGUCCCCACUGAGGGAGAGGAAGAACCAGGACAUUACUCACGAGCAGUCCAGUUCGGAGAGCGAGCUGAAGAAGGAUGCUCCGGUUAUCCCGCCCCGGCCCAGUCCGGAGCUCAUCCUGGAGCGCUGCAGCGACAACACCUGCAAGAGAGUCAGCAUCCACAGGUCGAACUCUGGCUCCUCCAGCUAGCACCGGAAUUCACUAGAAGUUGUGAAACUUACAAUGAAAUCUCUUUUGUUUGUUGCCUAAGUCUGUGGCAGACAAUUCAAAUGCAAGCGUAAAGGCUUGAGGGAGAUAGGCAGGCGGUCAUGGGUAAAGGUUAAUGAAUUGAGAGGAGAAUAAGUCAAGUUAACUUAAAAUAAAUUAUGUAAAAUGAUGUGGGAGGAAAUGUAUUGAAAGGUAUACUUUUAUAAUUUUGAAAUGGUCAAAAAGUCCAGUGAAGUUGAACCGUCUCUCAUGAUGUGCAACACUGUGGCUCAUUGUUUUAAUUGGGCUUUGUUACACAUACAAUACAUAUAUUUUAAUCUUUUUCACAGGAUUUUUUGUAUAACCAGAGAUAUCUUUUAUGUCACUGCAAGUUUAAAAACAUCUUUACUUUGCUACCAUCUUGUUGUCAUAUAGAGAAGAACAAGGUGGCAGACAGCUGUCUAAUUCUAACUUUGCUGCUUCCAUUUAUUUUAGGAACUCAAGUUGACUGAUAAUAUGUGUUGGAUUAUUCAUUUAAGACCAGAUAAUUAAAAAAAAACAGUAUUUAAUAUCUCCAGAAAAAGUUUAAUCAUUAAGUCUUGGUUUAAAACAACUAAAUAAGAGCCCUAUUUGCGAAGCUCUGUAUUUUCUGCCAUCAUGGCCGCUUCAAGCUUCUGCUCACAGCUUAGUGUCUUGACAGUAAACCAGAAAUGACCGCGCUUGUUAAGCUCUACCUGGCAGCUGUUGUUCACACCCGCACUGUAAGAAAAAGAAGCUAUGAAUAGGAUACAUGUCUAGAAAAAGCUAAAUUAGUUUGGUUGCUGUGUUUUAAAAGUAUUUCUACUGAAUACAAUGAUAUGUUCUGUUGGUGACCUCUGUGUAGGAUAUAUAUAUAUAUAUAUAUAUAUAUAUAUAUAUAUAUAUAUAUAUAUAUAUCCAAGCAAAAGAGCUGUCUUGUUAUUUAUUUGCUGAAUAAAUGUUUAUAACAAACA